GAGUCCCCCCCUCAACACACACACACACACACACACACACGCCCUCCUCUGUCUCUCUCUCUCUCCCUCGAUGGCCUUUGCCUCUACUUGUGUAGGCGCUCUUAAACCGGAGCAUUUACGCACGGCAUUCAGUCGUUGACGGGCUGGCUGAUAUCGGUGCUCCUCCGUCUACACUCGCUGGCUGAUCUCCACCUGAAAGAGCGGAGAUUAAGGGUGAAGUGAGGAGAGCGGGAGAGAGAGGAGAAGACAGCGGGGGAGACGAGAGAAAGAGAAGAAUGAUGACAGGGGGGAGGAGAGCCGAUCAUUCCGGCUGUCCGCAUCUGCUGCUCUAGCGGAGGGUAGUGAGUGAGAGAGAGAAAGAGAGAGGGGGAGAGAUGGCAUAUCGCUUAAGCAUCCAAAACACACGGGAGUGGUUCGCCACCGAGACCGGAGCCCCGGAUCCACCCGAAGCAGCACCACACUCGCCGCUCUCCCUUCACGCUUCUUCUCCGCACGGCAGCGCCUCAGCCUCGGCCAGAGGCAUUAAUCAUCACUCCCUCCUUCUCUGCAUGUGAUUCCUCCGUGAGGAUUGGAAGGAGAGUACCUCGACUGCAUUUCCUCAAUGAAGACCUUUGUUCCCCAGCAUCCGGCACAGCUCCCUUCUCCACCUGCCAUGGUGACAUGACACACCCCUGAGUGGCUUUGCUCCUUUGUCGAACACCCAGACAAUCUCUUGGGCUCCUCAAACCCCCAAACUCGUGCACGCGCUCUCUAGGCUCCAGCAUACUGAAAAAGACAUCUCCCCCUCCUACGCACAACACCUCCCCACUUCGCGAUGACGGUGGCCGUGCGAUUCCGUCGCCACUUGCGUAGGCUCCUGCUCCUGCUGGCCUCCUGCUGUCUCCUCUCCCUCCUCCUCUCUGCUUACUUUCUGUUUACAAACUCCUCCCCUUCCAUGCAGCUUGGACAAUCCCCCGAACCUGCCUGCUCCCAGCCGCUCUCCCCCUACCAUCAACUUCCAUACCCGUACCCCCCUAACCCACCUCACACACAUAUCCACACUGAUCCAGUUGUGCUGGUGCUUGUGGAGUCCCAGUACUCCCAGCUGGGUCAGGACAUUGUGGCUAUAUUGGAGUCAGCACACUUCCAGUUUCGAAUGGAGAUUGCCUCAGGAAAGGGCGACCUUCCGCCGCUGACAGAGAAAGGUCGUGGCCGAUAUUCACUCAUCAUUUAUGAAAAUCUAUUAAAGUAUGCACAUGCAGACACAUGGAACAGACAGCUGUUGCAUCAAUACUGCACUGAGUACAGAGUGGGCAUCAUAGGUUUCUACCGCUCCACAGAGAACUCUCCACCUCUCCUCAAACUCAGAGGCCUCCCAGUGGUCCUUCGGACCAACCAGGCACUUUGGGACUGCUGUGUGGUGUCUAGUUCACCUCUCCUCCACCUGACCAAGCCCGGCACAGAUCGAGGGGCUUUACCUGGGGACGACUGGACCUCCUUCUCCUCCAAUCACUCCACCUACCAGGCUGUGCUGCAUGCACGGGCCAAGGAGGGUGCAGGGACAGGUAGUGGCGAUAAUCCAGGGCCUGGCUUUAGUUUAGGCCUACAAGCCACUGUGGUGCAGGACAUGGGACUAUAUGAUGGAGUGAGGAGAGUGCUAUUUGGCCAGGGACUAGGCUACUGGCUCCACAGACUCAUCCUGGUGGAUGCCAUCUCCUACCUCACAGACAGGAAGCUUACUUUGGGUCUGGACCGGCACAUACUGGUGGAUAUAGACGACAUUUUCGUGGGAAAGGAAGGGACACGUAUGAACGCCAAGGAUGUGAAGGCUCUCCUUGAUACUCAGAAACAGCUGCGUUCUCAAAUCUCCAACUUCACCUUCAACCUGGGCUUCUCAGGGAAGUUCUACCACACAGGCACGGUGGAGGAGGACGAAGGAGAUGAUUUACUAUUGAAGUAUGUGGAUGAGUUCUGGUGGUUCCCCCACAUGUGGAGCCACAUGCAGCCUCACCUCUUCCACAACGAGUCCUCACUGCUGGAGCAGAUGGUCCUCAACAAGGAGUUUGCUCUGGAGCACAGCAUCCCAGUGGACAUGGGCUACGCCGUGGCCCCUCACCACUCGGGUGUCUACCCGGUUCACCUGCAGCUGUACAAGGCUUGGAGACAUGUGUGGAACAUCCAGGUGACCAGCACUGAAGAGUACCCCCACCUUAAACCAGCGCGCUACCGCAAGGGCUUCAUCCACGACAGCAUCAUGGUGCUGCCCCGCCAGACGUGUGGCUUGUUUACUCACACCAUCUACUAUAAGGAAUACCCUGGUGGACCUAAAGAACUGGACAAAAGCAUCCGUGGAGGAGAGUUGUUUCUCACUGUGCUUCUCAACCCAAUCAGUAUAUUCAUGACCCACUUGUCUAACUAUGGCAAUGAUCGACUGGGCCUUUACACAUUCGUCCACCUGGCCUCCUUCCUUCGCUCGUGGACAAACAUGAAACUCCACACACUCCCACCCCUGCAGCUUGCACACAAGUACUUCCAGCUUUUUCCCGAACAAAGGAACCCGCUCUGGCAGAACCCAUGCGAUGACAAACGACAUAAAGACAUCUGGUCUAAAGAGAAAACCUGUGACAGGUUACCCAAGUUUAUGGUCAUAGGCCCACAGAAAACAGGAACGACAGCACUUUAUCUCUUCCUACUCAUGCAUCCCUCCAUCUCCAGUAACUUCCCCAGUCCAAAGACGUAUGAGGAGGUCCAGUUCUUCAACACCAAUAACUACCACAAAGGAAUUGACUGGUACAUGGAGUUUUUCCCCGUGCCCUCUAAUGUUAGCACGGACUUCCUGUUUGAGAAGAGUGCGAACUACUUCCCCUCAGAGGAGUCCCCGCGUCGAGCUGCUGCCCUGCUGCCCAAGGCAAAGAUCAUCACCCUGCUCAUCAACCCUUCUGAUAGGGCCUACAGCUGGUAUCAGCAUCAAAGAGCUCACGAGGACCACGCAGCCCUGCGGUUCACCUUCUAUGAUGUCAUCAGUGCAAGAGCGGGAGCACCGGCCGAGCUCCGCUCCCUGCAGAGCCGCUGUCUCAUCCCCGGUCUCUACUCCUCACACCUAGAAAGGUGGCUUACUUACUACCCUGCUAACCAGGUGAUGAUCAUAGAUGGCCAUCAGCUGAGAACUGACCCUGCAGCAGUGAUGGAUGAAGUGCAGAAGUUCCUGGGAGUCACUCCUCACCUCAACUACUCCCAGGCCCUUACGUUUGACCCUCAGAAGGGCUUUUGGUGCCAGCUCCUUGAGGGAGGAAAGACAAAAUGUUUGGGAAAGAGCAAAGGAAGAAAGUACCCUCCUAUGGAGUCAGAGGCGCAUGCAUACCUCUCCAGGUACUACAGGGAACACAACGUGGAGCUGUCAAAGCUGCUGCAUCGCCUCGGACAGCCCCUCCCCUCCUGGCUAAGAGAGGAGCUGCAGAAGGUUAGAUAACCUUUGCAUCCAUGAACCAGGGUUAAAGGUCAAGGGGUCAAAGAACAGGAGCACCUGACCAUCAGAUGAUCUAUCUGUGGCCUUUUAGUGAACCCUGAGGUGAAGGCAAGGACAAGGUGCCUUGUUUCACCUAGGAGCUGUGACACAGCUGGAGGGAGCAGCGGGCUGAAGCUUGAACUCUUGGAAGGAUGAAAGGAUGGAUGGAGGAAUCAGAGCUCCAGGUGACUCUGCCAGCUCUGCGGAAUGUGGGACUAGAAGGAAGAGCCACAUUAUAAGGAUGAAGAGAACCAUGACUGGCAAGUGUCUGAUGCUCAAACCCUGUUCUGAAAUGUGGUGAACUCUCGUGAAGAGCUGCAGUGACUUUGAUUACUUUUUGUUUAAUUUUCACCUCUAAUUUAUGAUGCCAGAACAGCGCUGGUCAGCUGUGCGUGGUUCCUAUAGAGAUGACUUUGCACUAAGUUCUGUUUCAUGCGUUUCCAAGACAUAAAAAAAAAACCUCACCCUAUGUGGUUCUGUUUUUCUAUCUUUUAGUUGUUGUUUUUUGUCACAAUGAGAGUGAAUAAGCAGGGAGGAUAAGUGCAUAGACUCAGGGUGAGUGACAGGAUUCCCACGAUAGGUUCUCAUUGUUUUAUGAGUUCAUUUUUAAGUUCAUUUUGUGAAGCUAGUUUCUGGUAGAUCUUGUAGCCUUGUUCACAUUUAGAGAUGUCCCUUGAGGCUUUCAUUGGAAAGUAUGGCCUAGAAAUGAGUCAAGCAAGAUGCGUUGCCCGCUCAUUAUUUUCCUGUGACGAGCCAUGCAGAAGAACGCUGUGUCCAUUUAGCAGAGCAUGAGCGCUGAUGGCUUUAGCGCUAAGGACUGAGGGCACAUGAGUUUGUGAAGAAAGCUGACCAAAAUGAGCUUAAUGGAUAUGACACUCAAUUCCCACACUCUUUAAGUAGCUACUGUAACUGCAGGCAGUUUUUGUUUUGUCAGUCUUUCAUCUAAGUCUCAACUUCCUUUUUCUUUCCUUUUUAAAACCAGUGGCCUACAUUGUUGAGCUUCUAUUUGAAUGCAAAAAACCCUAAAUGUCAAACAGAAACAGAAAUUAAAGAAAUGGAUAUUACUGAUGGCAUACGAUUUAUUUUUUUAAUGAGGAAGCAACACGGAUGAACCAUGUUGUGCCGGGACACACCUGAAUACACACUUGUGAAUUCUAAUCUUUGGCGUGAAUGGUUGACAAUAGACUCAAGGUAAGUUUAAAAUGACAUGGAGAAGACAGUUUGCUCUUUGAGGAAACGGUCACCAGGAACUAACCUACCAUACAAUAAUGUUCAGUUAAAAACAAGGUUGUGUAACUAUUCCUGUUUUCACAAUACAACACAGAAAUGCACAGAGCACACAUGUCAGACUGUAAAGUAUAGACAAUGCUAUUACACAAUAAAAAAUAAAGCAAGAAAGAAUGCCAAUAUAGACAAACAACAAAAUAGCAGACACUCACACCAUUCACAGUCCUCUUUGUUUGGUAAAUUACUGCAGCUGAAGAUUCCAUGCUGUAUCUUCUGAGAGUCAACCCUGAAAGUGAGGGUUGCCAGGCGAGAUUGUACUUGUCAAUCUGCUGUUGAGCUUUUUGUUUUUAUUUCUGUACAUAAAAUGUAGAAAUUUGCAAUAAACCUUGAAUCUGAUGGAGGGCCUUGACAUUUCCAAAGCAACAGGAAACAACGUUUAGCCAUGAAGUCACACACGACUGCCCAAACACGUCUGAUGGGUCCGACUGUACAGUGUGAGAAAUCAAUAAAAACAUCCAUCGCCAGUAAGGCAUGUGACGACCCUCCUCCUCCCAUCCACUAGGUGUCCCUGUUGCAGUUUUGUUCCUGGUUGUCUGUUGCAGGUGCUGAAUGGAGGAUCGUCAGCUGCAUGAGCCACACCUUAGCCCGUUGCCUACUCAGGCCAUAAAUACCUCCCUCAUUUGGCAGCUUUGGCCUCUCUAGGGGAGAUCCUGUCGUCCCUCCGGCAUGAUGCAGCGGUUGUUUUAUGUUCUCUUUCUACCAUACAUGCAGUCCACCACUGAUUAGCUGAUACCUAUAAACUGCAUUACUUGUAUGUGUUUUUGUAAAUAAAUUACUUUUCUUAGCAGCCUGCUCAUCUGGUCUGAACUGAGCUGUGACAGGCAGGAGUGAAGGAAAACACACAGCAUGUGAAUGUCAGCAUUUUUUUACUCUUUUUAAGCAACUCUCAAAUGUUACACUCAUAGAACCACUUUUUGCAGAUAUGGAUGAAAGUUGAAAUAUACAUAAUGGCUUCCCAGAACUGAGUGAGUGAAGGGGACUGAAAUAAUUGCAGGUAUUCCAGUUGGCUCAUUUACAGCAGAGUUAGAUCUCUACUGCAGAGUUCCCAGGGGCAGUUAAUAGCAGGAAGGAGUUUUUACAUAUUAAGUCUAUGAACUGCAUACUUUAUAUAUGAAUCAAUUUUUUUGACAUGAUAUAAUGGCUGUAAUGUUCUGUUUUUACAACAUUAAUUAAACAGAUCGUUAUUGAUAAAAAGAAUAGACUUGCAAUUUGGUCUACGUAAUAUCUGAUUAUAAAUAAUACAUAUUUUAUAAUAGAAAGAUAAAGGAAGUACAUUACUCAAGUGUUGCACAUCUAGAUGUAAUCAGUCUAAAAGUAAUCAAAAUCCCAAAUCCAUGAACUUCUUAAUCCAUCUUCUAAAGCAGCUAGCUGAGGAGGGUACAUUUAGCAGCUAAUGUGAUGUGUCUCUUAUGCAGGUUUAAUUAUUACCCUCAGAUCUUUCCCAACUGGGUUUUCCACAUGUUGCCAGAGUUUCAGGGAUGGAAACAGAUAUUAGUAGAAAUAAAUUAUCCGUGUAUAAUGAGACCGUCUGUUCUGCACCACCUCUGGUGUCAUAGGCUCAUUAGUGCAGAGAGCUAUGGCUAAAGGUUCAGUGGGAAUAGCGAAAAGAAAAAUACAUAAUCAGCCAAUCUGGUUCCUCUUUUCAUCUCAUUUGAAUGUCUGUGCAUAAUACUUUGAUAUUGAUUUGCCUAUGUUGAGUGAUUUGAAUAAUUGGAGUUCCAAGAAUCAAAAAAUCAGCAGACGAAAACAUCGAACAUCAAAACCAACACAAGAACAAUGCAAAAUCAUAAGGAAAAGGGUUUCAAUAUUCAGAUUAAAAACACACUGCCAUGACAGUUUUAUGAUUGACAUUAUGAAAUUAAAUCUUAGAUUCAAUAAAUCUUUACAUUCAUUCAAUUAAGAUUUAUAUUUAUAUCUCUAUAUCCAUGUUUUUUUUUUUCUUGAUUUCAUUUAUAUGUUUAGUUUUUUAAUCUUGAUUUCAGCCCAAAUAAUAAAAGGACAUUUAUAAUUUGAAAUAUAUGUCUUCUAUGGUUAGUA